GGUGGUGCACGAGUCGGUGAGAGCGCGAAAUUAGUUUCAUAGGAGCAGUCGGCGACGCUUCCUUUCGCCAACACCGUUUUCAACCAUGCUGAUCAAAGUAAAGACCCUUACAGGAAAAGAGAUUGAGUUGGACAUUGAUCCAAACGACAAGGUUUCACGUAUCAAAGAAAGAGUAGAAGAAAAGGAAGGAAUUCCACCUUCUCAGCAGCGGUUAAUUUUUGCUGGAAAACAAAUGUCUGAUGAGAAAAGUGCAGAGACGUACCACUUGGAAGGUGGAAGCGUGUUACAUUUGGUACUUGCACUUCGUGGAGGCAACUAGAAACAUUCGUUUGCUGCACAACUGUCUUCAAGUAUUAGUUAUCUUGAGUACCAUGCCAAUAACAAAUAAUGAUCGUUUAAUACAUUCAGCAAAGUUCAAGUAAAUCCUUCCCGUAGAAGAUGACAGAGCAGAACAAUGCCUAGCUUGGUUGGAUACCGUAUGAAUUAGA